AUGGGCAAACAUGAUUUAUUGUCACGUGAGUCCAAUUCAAACCCCGAGCCCGCAAAUCGGCUAUAUUAUCUUUUACCAAAAAUUAAAAAAAAAAAAACAAAACAUGAGUGCAACCAUACAGAUAAACCACUUAAAUUUGCUCAUUCUUUUUCUUUUACCAAUUCAUCCCCGCCAAUAAUGUUAGGACGUAUUCGAAGUACGAGGAGAGCUCUUAAUGUGUAUCAAACAUUGAGACAAAGGUGCUGUUACGCCACAGCUGCAUCAGAAGAUCCAGUUGAUCACCACAAAAGAUUAGGGCUCCAUGAGUGGCCCACAUCAUCAAACCCCACGGCAUAUGAAAUAUUUGGUUUAUCGUCGAAAGACAUGGGAAUGUCACCAUUGGAACUUAACAAGAUACUUAAAAAGAGAUACGUUUCAUUAGUGAAGAUAUAUCAUCCUGAUACAUCUCUUGUGCUAAAACACAAAGGAAAGGAAAUCGAUACUGAUUUGAAAAGAAAAAGGUUUGAUAUGAUUCAAGAAUCGUAUCAAAUACUUAAAAAUCCAAGACGGAGAAUAGCAUAUAAUAGAUUUCAAACAACUACAUGGGAACAACAAGGAAUGUAUCGUGGACAUGAUAAAGGACCUUGGAGUAAAGAAAAUUUCGAAGCACAUAGACGUGCAAACGCUCAUAGACGAAGAUAUGAUUUUAAACAUGACGAAGAGUUUUGGCAUGCAGCUACUUGGCAAGAUUAUUAUCAGAUGAAGUAUAAACGCGCACCUCCUACUCAAGAAGAACUUGAUAAGAAUAAGUAUAAGAUUCUUGCCGGAGUUUUAUUAUUUGGGGCUGUUGGAUUUGGAUUGCAGAUGAUUAAUGCUGUUGAUAAUGCAAACAAGUACUUAUUGGAAACACAACAGUUGAACUUGAAAUCAAUGAAAGCAUUAAACGACUCAUACGAUAACUACGGUCAAGGUCAUUCAGAAGCGGAUAAGGUUAGAAGAUUUUUAGCAAAUAGAAGAAGUACAAUGAAACUGAAACAAGAUCAUGACGAUGAAGAAAAAUUACCGGAACCUAAUGAUGAUGAGUUGUUAAGAAGAUACGCAGUUAAAAGACUUGAAUCUUGGGAUCGUGUUGAUGACUGA